AAGAAUCAUGCCUGAGCCAGCUAAGGCUGCACCUAAGAAGGGCUCCAAGAAAGCCGUGACUAAGACGGCGGGAAAGGGAGGCAAGAAGCGCAAGAGAUCCAGGAAGGAGAGUUACGCUAUCUACGUGUACAAGGUGCUCAAACAGGUUCAUCCUGACACCGGCAUUUCUUCUAAGGCCAUGGGCAUCAUGAACUCGUUUGUGAACGACAUCUUCGAGCGCAUCGCUGCUCUCUCUGCGGCAUACAGCUGCUCCCCCGUGACGGCCUGCGGCAGUGCCUACCAGAACGCCAUCGAGGACUUCUGCUUGACUAAGUUCAGGCUGGACAUGGAGGGUCUUGACAGGCAUCACUGGUGCAGCUGGGAGGACACAGUAGAGACAUAUGGAGACCUGACCAACUGCACCUACAUGAUUGCUCUGAAGAUGGAUUGCUUCUGGCCCAACCGCCUGGUGGAUGAAUUCUUCAUCGACAUCCACCGGCACUACUUCCAUAACUGCGCCCUUUCGGGCCGCCUGCUCCAGGACCCACCCAACCACAUCCUGGGCCCCUUCAUAGUGGUGCCCAUCCUGGUCACACUGCUUAUGACUGCUCUGGUGGUGUGGAGGAGCAAGCGCAGUGAGGGCAUUGUGUAGAAGAGUCUCCUGGGGGCUCUGGUUUAAGCAGACCCUUUGGACUGAGAUGGAGAGGGGCAGGAUACUGUUUCUGCAUCCUUCUCCACCUAGGGUAAGAAACACACGUUCAUGAACUGUAAGGAAAAUUCUGAAGGAUGUAUGGACAAGAACAGUGAUCCAGAGGUACACACACUCACACACACUCACACUCACUCAGACACAGUAGCAAUGCCCUGCCGGCCCUUGACUGGACACACAGCAAAACAGUCGAGGAAUUGCCUUGCGUCAAGGGUCACGCCCGGAGCACAGCACUGGAGAUGAGGCAAAACGCAGAACCUAGACUGCAAGGCCUGCUGGGAGAUGGGCAAGCCUGUUCUCGUGCGACGACGGAUUGUUGACUCAGUGGAUUCAACUGACUUUUCGAGUGUGUCAAAAACAAAUACACGUUUUAUGUUUCUUCAUUGAGUUCACUGUGCGAGAUGCCUUGGGAGACUAAAAAUCAUCAUAGUAGUAACACACAGGUGUGUGAGGGCAUAUAUAUAUAUAUAUAUAUAUAUAUAUAUGAAUGAAUGAACUGACAUAAGUAGCUGUACUGUAUAAUUAUUUAUAUUAUAUAUAGCAGGUAUGAGCAGUACUUGAUUAUUCCUUAUCAGUUGCGCAUAAUGCCGAUGGUCAUUGUCAGCAUACCAGAGAUUCAAUUAAAGUGUAAAAGGUGUGAGGUUUUUGUGUUCCUGUGUGUGCGUACGGCAGAACAUUUCACAACGCUGACCCGAGAGGAGCCAGCUGCUCAGGUUGUCGUCCCGGCACGCACCGCUCGCGGCACAACGGCUACAUGAAAGAAUGCGUGACCGAUGCACCUGAAAGCGAGCGACGGCUCUGAGCCAAGGUGGCGGCAGGCCAAGCCCAACAUUGCAUGAUGACAUCGGAGGCCCACAUGUGCGAACUUCACAGAUCUCGAUGGAAGGGCUUAGAACCCGGUGCUCAGAUGACAAAAACGUGGGAGAAGCAGUAAAGCACUGUUAUCUCUUCAAUCUUAGGGAAAUACAGGGAGGAAAAUCAUAAUAUAUUUAAUGUAGGCAUAAGAAAUUCCAAAACAAUCAAAAAACCAAGAAAAAGUGUUGUUUGUUGCUUAUUAAUUAACCCUCCUGUUUUUUAAUUUUUAAGAAAAAAAACAACUCAUGAUUGAUCAUUGCUCCCAUAAACCAUCGUAGUUUCACCUACUCUGCUCUGAUGCUGGGAAUGAUCCUGGCAGCAAUACCCUACUCAGUCCCUUACCCCCUUCUGGAAACUUCUUUACCCCAGUGUCUGUACAAAUAUGGGUUUGUGCAACAUGAGCACAUCAAAAUUGAGCUCUGAUUUCACAACUGGAAAGAAGAGCACAUUUAAAGGUGUUUAUUAACAUUAUAGAGGUCACGGAGAGAUGAUAUGACUCAAGAAAUUGGGGCGGAACUAGGAUGUUUGUUAAAGUUGCACUGAAGUUGUAAAUAUGUAUGUAAAUAUGUGUGGACUGAACAGAAGUUCACCGUCCACCAGUGACCGGGGUGAGCACAACCGGUGUUCUUAUUGCACAGUGCUGGGUAGAGCCGUUGAUCCUACCAGGGUUGAUUCUACCGUGGCUUGUAGGUGAAAAUGGCUGUUCUGAGUGAGACAAACAGAAUGAGAAAUCACAUGAAUUGUUAUGUAAAUGAUUACAUCAGAAAAUGUACUUGAAACACAAUUAAAUCAAGAGGCUGGAAAACAUAAC